AUGGAGCUGUGUGCAAAAAAACACCCCCCAGAGGACGAAAGGCGGGUGAAGGCCAACGCCCGAGAGUACAACGAAAAGUUCCAGUAUGCGAGUAACUGUAUCCAGACCUCCAAGUACAAUAUCAUCACCUUCCUGCCCGUCAACCUCUUUGAGCAGUUCCAGGAAGUGGCCAACACCUAUUUCCUCUUUCUCCUCAUCCUGCAGCUGAUCCCCCAGAUCUCCUCGCUCUCCUGGUUCACCACCAUCGUGCCUUUGGUUCUCGUCUUAACUAUCACAGCUGUCAAAGAUGCCACUGACGACUACUUCCGCCACAAGAGCGACAACCAGGUGAACAAUCGCCAAUCUCAGGUGCUGAUCAACGGAACCCUCCAGCAGGAGCAGUGGAUGAACGUGCGCGUCGGAGACAUCAUCAAGCUGGAGAACAACCACUUUGUGGCGGCUGACCUCCUGCUCCUCUCCAGCAGCGAACCCCAUGGGCUGUGCUACAUCGAGACGGCCGAGCUUGACGGAGAGACCAACAUGAAAGUGCGCCAGGCCAUUCCUGUCACCUCGGCGCUGGGGGACAUCAGCAAGCUGGCCCAGUUUGAUGGUGAGGUGAUCUGCGAGCCCCCCAACAACAAACUGGACAAGUUCGGCGGGACCCUGUACUGGAAGGAGAACAAAUACCAGCUGAGCAACCAGAACAUGUUGCUGCGGGGCUGCAUGCUUCGCAACACCGAGUGGUGCUUCGGCCUCGUCAUCUUCGCAGGUCCCGACACCAAGCUGAUGCAGAACAGCGGGCGGACCAAGUUCAAGAGGACAAGCAUCGACCGGCUGAUGAACACGCUGGUGCUCUGGAUCUUCGGGUUCCUGGUCUGCAUGGGGGUAAUCCUGGCCAUCGGCAAUGCCAUCUGGGAGCACGAGGUGGGAGCCUGCUUCCAGAUCUACCUGCCCUGGGACGUGGCGGUGGACAGUGCCUUCUUCUCCGGCUUCCUCUCCUUCUGGUCCUACAUCAUCAUCCUCAACACCGUGGUGCCCAUCUCGCUCUACGUCAGCGUGGAAGUGAUCCGCCUCGGCCACAGCUACUUCAUCAACUGGGACAAGAAGAUGUACUGCGCGCAGCGGCAGACGCCGGCCGAGGCCCGCACCACCACGCUCAACGAGGAGCUGGGCCAGGUGGAGUACAUCUUCUCUGACAAGACCGGCACCCUCACCCAGAACAUCAUGAUCUUCAGCAAGUGCUCCAUCAACGGGCGCAGCUAUGGUGACGUGCUGGACGUGCUCGGGCACAAGGCGCAGCUGGGAGAGAGGACGGAGCCGGUCGACUUCUCCUUCAACCCGCUGGCCGACCCGCGGUUCCGGUUCUGGGACGCCAGCCUGCUGCAGGCCGUGCAGCUCGGCAACGCCCACGUGCACGAGUUCUUCCGCCUGCUCUCGCUCUGCCACACCGUCAUGUCCGAGGAGAGGAGCGAAGGGGAGCUGUACUACAAGGCGCAGUCCCCGGACGAGGGGGCGCUGGUCACGGCCGCCAGGAACUUCAGCUUCGUCUUCCGCUCGCGCACGCCCAAGACAAUCACGGUGCAGGAGCUGGGCCGGGCCGUCACCUACCAGCUGCUGGCCAUCCUGGACUUCAACAACGUCCGCAAGCGCAUGUCCGUCAUCGUGCGCAGCCCCGAGGGCCGGAUCCGCCUGUACUGCAAAGGGGCCGACACCAUCCUCCUGGAGCGGCUGGACCCGGCACACCACGAGCUGCUGAAUGUAACCACCGACCAUCUGAAUGAGUACGCCGGCGAGGGGCUGCGGACGCUGGUGCUGGCCUACAAGGACCUGGAGGACGGGUACUACGAGGAGUGGGCCGAGCAGCUGCUGCGAGCCAGCACGCCCUCCGAGGGCCGCGAGGACCGGCUGGCCCGGCUCUACGAGGAGGUGGAGCGGGACAUGACGCUGCUGGGGGCCACCGCCAUUGAGGACAAACUGCAGCAGGGCGUCCCUGAAACCAUUGCCAUCCUAACGCUGGCCAACAUCAAGAUCUGGGUGCUGACCGGGGACAAGCAAGAGACGGCCGUGAACAUCGGCUACUCCUGCAAGAUGCUGACGGACGACAUGACGGAGGUGUUCAUCGUGACGGGCCACACGGUGCUGGAGGUGCGGGAGGAGCUCAGGAAAGCACGGGAGAAGAUGACGGACUCGUCGCGUUCCAUGGGCAACGGCUUCUCCUGCCAGGAGAAACUCGCCUCUUCCUCGUCAGCAUCCCAGCUCACCUCCGUGCUGGAGGCCAUCGCGGGCGAGUACGCCCUGGUCAUCAACGGGCACAGCCUGGCCCACGCGUUGGAGGCCGACAUGGAGCUGGAGUUCCUGGAGACGGCCUGCGCCUGCAAGGCCGUGAUCUGCUGCCGCGUCACCCCGCUGCAGAAGGCCCAGGUGGUGGAGCUGGUGAAGAAGUACAAGAAGGCCGUGACGCUGGCCAUCGGGGACGGCGCCAAUGACGUCAGCAUGAUCAAGACUGCCCACAUCGGCGUGGGCAUCAGCGGGCAGGAGGGCAUCCAGGCCGUGCUGGCUUCCGACUAUUCCUUCUCCCAGUUCAAGUUCCUGCAGCGCCUCCUGCUGGUGCACGGCCGCUGGUCCUACCUGCGCAUGUGCAAAUUCCUCUGCUACUUCUUCUACAAGAACUUCGCCUUCACCAUGGUCCACUUCUGGUUCGGGUUCUUCUGCGGCUUCUCGGCCCAGACGGUCUAUGACCAGUACUUCAUCACCCUGUACAACAUCGUCUACACCUCGCUGCCCGUGCUCGCCAUGGGGGUGUUCGACCAGGACGUGACGGAGCAGCGCAGCAUGGAGUACCCCAAGCUCUACGAGCCGGGCCAGCUCAACCUGCUCUUCAACAAGCGGGAGUUCUUCAUCUGCAUCGCCCAGGGCAUCUACACCUCCGUCCUCAUGUUCUUCAUCCCCUACGGCGUCUUCGCCGACGCUACCCGCGACGACGGCGCCCAGCUGGCCGACUACCAGUCCUUCGCUGUCACCGUGGCAACCUCCCUGGUGAUCGUGGUCAGCGUGCAGAUUGGGCUGGACACGGGGUUCUGGACGGCCAUCAACCACUUCUUCAUCUGGGGCAGCCUGGCUGUGUACUUCGCCAUCCUCUUCGCCAUGCACAGCGACGGCCUCUUCCAGAUGUUCCCCAACCAGUUCCGCUUCGUGGGUAAUGCCCAGAACACGCUGGCCCAGCCCACGGUCUGGCUCACCAUCACCCUCACCACCGUGGUCUGCAUCAUGCCAGUCGUGGCCUUCCGUUUCCUCAAGCGACUGAAGCCCGAGCUGUCGGACACGGUGCGCUAUACCCAGCUGGUGCGGAAGAAGCAGCGGGCACAGCACCGCUGCAUGCGGCGGGUGGGGCGUGCUGGCUCGCGGCGCUCCGGCUACGCCUUCUCCCACCAGGAGGGCUUCGGCGAGCUCAUCAUGUCGGGCAAGAACAUGCGGCUCAGCUCCCUGGCGCUCUCCAGCUUCGCCGCCCGCUCCAGCUCCAGCUGGAUCGAGACCCUGCGCAAGAAGAAGGGCGGAGACAGCACCGCCAGCAGCCCCAGCGGGGGGGCCGACAAGCCGCUCAAGGUGUGA